UUACUACGCAUUUCUCAGUGACGUCAUUCAUCGCUGUGGAAAGCACACAGGAGCUGGCAGAACUGACGUGGCAGAAGAAUUUCCGAUCUGUUUUCUAUUGUUUUUCUGUGUUAGGACAAAGUAUACAGUCCCUCCCGGCGUUUGAUUAGUAGUUCAAGAAACUAUAAAAUCAUGGGUCUGUCGUUGUCAUCGCUUUUCAACAAACUUUUCGGGAAAAAGAACAUUAGGAUAUUGAUGGUGGGUCUUGAUGCAGCAGGCAAGACAACUAUACUUUACAAGCUGAAACUUGGAGAGAUUGUCACCACCAUUCCAACCAUUGGCUUCAACGUAGAGUCUGUGGAGUACAAGAACAUCAGCUUCACCGUGUGGGACGUCGGCGGUCAGGACAAGAUCAGGCCCCUAUGGAGACAUUACUUCCAGAACACGCAGGGUCUGAUCUUUGUGGUGGACAGCAAUGAUAGAGAGAGAGUUGCAGAGGCCAAGGACGAAUUAUCGAAAAUGCUGCAAGAGGAUGACCUGCGUGAGGCCCUGCUCCUUGUGUUUGCCAACAAACAAGAUCUACCCAACGCCAUGUCCUGCGCUGACAUCACCGAUGCUCUGGGACUGCAGAAUAUGAGAAACAAAAAGUGGUAUAUCCAAGGUGCUACAGCCACUGCAGGCACAGGCCUGUACGAGGGUCUGGACUGGCUGUCAAAUGAAC